CCAAUCAUGGGUCCCAACAUCUACUCGCAUCCCGAGCCCCAAUUCCUCCACUUCCCCUCCAGACGAUCCGUCGUACACAGCACCAAGGGGAUAGUAUCAUGUACUCAGCCGCUCGCUACAGCUGCUGGCCUGGAGAUUCUCCGCAAAGGAGGAAAUGCGGCUGAUGCUGCCGUAGCCGUAGCGGCGGCAAUCAAUGUCGCCGAACCCUCAUCUACAGGCAUAGGAGGUGACAUGUUCUGUCUGUUCUAUGAUGCCAGCACCAAGAAGGUACAUGCCAUGAACGGCUCAGGGCGUUCGGGACAGAAGGUCACCCUUGAACAAAUGCGAAAAGAUCUCAAGAUCGCCGACGGAGCGAGUGGCCAGAUCCCAAUGGAAAGCGUUCACGCCGUCACUGUACCCGGCGCUGCUGCAGGUUGGGUUGAUUGCGUGGAGCGGUUCGGAAGCAAGAAGCUCAGCUUGAAAGAGAUCCUCGAGCCAGCCAUUGAACUCGCUGAAAAAGGGUUUCCUGUUUCUGAACUCUCUGCUCGUUUUUGGGAAAGCGACGAAGCUCUCAUCAAACGCGCCUCCCCCAACGGCAGCGAGAUGCUCAAAAAAGAUCCCUCCGCCCCAGACGGCUGCCGCGCCCCCAAAGCCGGCGAAAUCAUGAAAAAUCCAACUCUAGCAAACACGUUCAAACUGCUCGCGUCCCACGGCAAAUCGGGUUUCUAUGAGGGGGAAGUAGCCACGCAACUCGUAAAAGUCGUCUCAGAUCUCGGCGGGCACCUCACGCUCGAGGACCUCAAACACCACGCCGACACGGGCUCGGAGCCCGUCGAACCCAUCUCCCUCCGGUACACGGGUCAAGGCGUGGGUGACUCUCCACAAGGCGGAAUAGACCUCUGGGAACACCCGCCGAACGGACAAGGCAUCGUAGCGCUGAUGGCGUUAGGAAUCCUGCAAGAACUCGAAAAGCAAGGCAAAAUCAGCAAAUGGGGACCGCAAGACCACAACAGCACACCGCACCUCCACGCCGUCAUCGAAGCGCUCCGCAUCGCCUUCGCAGACGCCCACUGGUUCGUCGCAGACCCGACCACCGUCUCCGUCCCUUCCUCCUCGCUCAUCUCCCAACCCUACCUCGCAGACCGCGCAAACCUCUUUUCACCCACGCAAGCCGCCGCCCCGCCGCUCCACGGCUCCCCAGCCCACGCGCAGAGCGAUACGGUGUACUUCUGCGCCUCGGACGCGCAGGGCAACGCAAUCUCCUUCAUCAACAGCAACUACGGCGGCUUCGGCACGGCGAUCAUCCCCAAAGGGUGCGGCUUCACGCUGCAGAACCGCGGUGCGAAUUUCUCGCUCGACGCCGCGCAUCCGAAUGUGCUGGCGCCCAGGAAACGUCCGUAUCAUACUAUUAUCCCCGGGUUGGUCACGUAUGCUCGCGAUCAGUCUCUGCAUAGCGUGUUUGGCGUCAUGGGCGGCUUCAUGCAGCCGCAGGGCCAUGUGCAGGUGCUGCUUAAUCAGGAAGUGUUCAAGUUGAAUCCGCAGGCGGCGUUGGAUGCGCCGCGGAUUUGUAUUGGGGCCGGCAUGCCGGAUGCGGAUGGGCGGAUGACGGAUGCAACGAUUUAUAUAGAGGAAGGGAUUAGAGAGGAUGUUGUUGAGGGGUUGAGGAAGCUCGGGCAUAGUGUCAAGGUGUUGAGUGGGUAUGGGAGGGGGAUGUUUGGGCGGGGUCAGAUCAUUAGGCAGCAUUUUGAUGAUGGGGUUAUGGUUUGGAGUGGCGGGAGUGAUUUGAGAGGGGAUGGGCAUGCGGCGCCUUUUUAAGGGAGGAGUGUGUGAGAGGACAUCUCUGAGUAUAUAGUUGAGUGAGU